ACGGCCCUCCGGAUGGAGGAGCGUACCGAGGAAAAGGAACGACGACCGACGAGCCUUCAUUUCCGAGCGCAACUGGCAAGGAGCCUGGCAGACGGUACGCGUACAGGAUUACAUUCAAUCUAACGGAUUCAACAGUCUUAAAGACAUGUGAGAAGCUGCAACAUAAUAUCCUUAUCACGGACCUGGAUCAGACUAUCGUCAGCAAGGCGUAA